AUGGCUCAAACAACAGAAGAAAGGAAAGCCGACCUUGGCAAAGUCCUCGUCAUCGGCGGCAACGGCUUCCUAGGCCACCACAUUGUCAAGCUCCUCCUCACCUCCUGGGUCGCCACCGUUUCCGUCAUCGACCUCAAGUGCGUGCGCAACCGCCUCGACGGUCCCUCCUACCACGAGGCCGACAUCACCGAUGCUGCGGCUGUCCAGUCCAUCUUCGACGAGGUCCGCCCCGACAUCGUCAUACACACCGCCUCUCCUGCGCCCCAGGCUGAGGGCAAGAUUGCCAAUGCUCUGUUCCAGAAGGUCAAUGUUGAGGGUACCAAGGCUAUCGUUGAUGCCUGCCUCAAGAGUGGUGUCAAGGCCCUCGUGUAUACUAGCUCCGCGAGCGUCAUGUCGGAUAACAAGAGCGAUCUGCGGAAUGCCACAGAGGAGUUUCCCAUAAUCAGGGGUGUUCACCAGACCGAAUACUACUCCGAGACCAAGGCCGAAGCCGAAGACAUCGUCCUCAAAGCAAACCGCACCGGCUCCCACAACCUCCUCACAGCCGCCAUCCGCCCCGCCGGCAUCUUCGGCGAAGGCGACACCAUGACCCUCAGGCACAUGAUCCAAGUCUACAUCGACGGCCGCACCAACGUGCAAGUCGGCGACAACAACAACCUCUUCGACUUCACCUACGUCGUCAACGUCGCCCACGCACACCUCCUCGCCGCCCUGCGCCUCCUCGCCACCCACCGCCUCAUCCCCACGAUCCCCCUCGACACCGAGCGCGUCGACGGCGAGGCCUUCAUUAUUACCAAUGAUAGCCCCGUGUACUUUUGGGACUUUGCUAGGGCUAUAUGGAAGGCUGCUGGGAACGAUAAGGGGCUUGAAGGUGUUUGGAAGCUGCCUACCGAUGUUGGCAUCUUUUUGGGGCUGCUGAGCGAGAUUGCUUUUGGUAUUAUUGGCAAGCCUCCUACUUUUAACCGCCAGCGCAUCAUCUACUCGUCUAUGACAAGGUACUACAACAUCUCCAAGGCGAAGCAGAGGCUUGCCUACAGGCCGAUUGUGCCUCUUGGCGAAGGUAUCGAGAGGGGCGUCAAGUGGUGUCUUGAGACGAAUAAGGAGCUCGGCGCUGCUGUUGCCGCCUUGAAGAAGAACAAGGCGCAAUAA